UCUACGCUUUGGCACAAUCAAAAUCACGUUACUUAUUCUUAAAUAACCUUUUUAAUCAGUCAUUAAAAAGGUUAACCAAGGCAAGAAGCAUCGAUAAAGAGCUAAAAAAAAAACGAGAAAAAAACAACAUUUCGGUAUCAUUUGUCAUCUGUCUUUAUAAAUUUAGUAUUAUAGAUAGAAAAAUGGCCAUGGAAAAAAUUAAUUGGGAGCCUGAGGCAAAGAUAUUUGUGUUUCAUGAAGAGAUUAUUGGAAAACCUAAAAUGCACACUAAACGCUUGGAUCUGCACGAUUGGAUUAAAAUUGACAAUACUUACGUUGAUCAGCAACAGCUGAAAAAAACGUUGUUAAAAACUGAACGUGAUAAAAUUUUUGUUACAAGCUCUAACAGUUCUACUGAGAUGUGUAAAUGGGAAUUUUUUCAGUUAAUUAUCAACUUUUUACCAAAACGCUUUCCAGACUUAUUUGAAGAAAGACCUGGAUGCAUUUUUAACAAAGUUUUUAAAGAAGAAGUAUCCACAGCUCGUCAUGCUAAGGAAGAUCUGCUUAUUAGAAUUUCAAGUUUGACUCAAGAAGAUUGGGUAAUACUAGAGUGGAGUGACGCAAGCCAAGGUUAUGUUUUAACUGCUGGUGUUGUUUUUUUCCCAAUGCGAUGGUCGUUAAAAGCAAAAUUCAAUAACGUUCUUGUAGAUAUACAUGCACCAGUUGCGCAAUUCACCAAAAACUUUACUUUUAAAGCCCAAAGUCUUAUGAAAAGUAUGAAGUCUGAGUCCCCAAUAUGGAGAGCAAACUGGAGUAUUUUUAACGAUCUAAAAGGUCCACUUGAUCUUUAUGCACCAAAAGGUCAUAUGGAACGUAAUGAAAAAAAUAGUGUUACAGACUACGUAGGUGAAAGAACGGGACGUGAAUUAACUUUUAGGGUUGAAUACCAAACUCUAAGAAAAUUACCAGAAACUCAAUGUAUUGUUUUUAGCAUAAGAUCUUAUCAACGGUAUUUGGAGGAUUUUAAACAGUUUCCCCUCUUCGAUUCUGAAGGUUUGUUAAAAGCAAUAGAAAACCUUAAUGAAGAUGAAAAAGAUUACAAAGGUGCCAUUUUUUGGAGCGAAGCAGCAAAGAAGUAUUUAAAAAACAAUGUAAUAAAUGCUAAACAUUUGAAAACAAAUAGCUUGACUUUAAAACCUUCAAUGGUUUUUUCUAUUGUUGCGUGUUCGUUAUUUGUUGCUUUCGUUUUAAAAAGAAAGUAUUUUAGAUAAAUCCUGGAUUUUGUGAAUGCAUUUAUUCUUUAAAAGUUGUAAUUGUUAUUGGUUUAAUAAUAAUGCUUAAUUAUUUUUUA